AUGGGAGAGAAGAUGGAGCGAGAUACUAGUCCGGCUUUUCUUAAAGUAAGAAAAGUUAAUGCCACAUUGCACAACCCUCGUUUGCCUCCAAAUGCAAAGAAGAACCGGGAUAAUUUGAUCAUUGUUGUAUUAGUCCUCUUGGGUGGCUCAGUGAUUGUCAUCUUCUUAUUGUCCGGUCUCUUAUGUUUACGAUCUUUCCUUUAUCAUAAGAAGCACACAAAAAACCACCAACAAGAAAGGUCCAUGGGAAUGAAUUUGCGGUGUUUGACCUAUGAAGAGCUCGAGGAUGCUACAAAUGGAUUUAAUGAAGAACUGGGAAGAGGAUCUUUCGGCGUUGUGUAUAAAGGUGUAAUAGGAAGUGGUUCCACGAGUCCCUGUUGUUGUUGCGAGUCAAGAAGUUAG